CUCUUAUACCUUCAUUGGCAAGGUCCAUACAUCCAUUGGCCUUAUACAAUUCCUUCGAUUCUUUGAAGAGUACUAUGUGGGAGAAGAUAUCGAAGUCCGUUGGAGAUCUUUUGCUAUGUCUUAAACCAAAUUCUCUUCCGAAUCGUGGUCGCACUGGUCGAGUUCCUUGUCAUGAGAUAGUGCAUGGUGCCAACUUGGAUGUGCAGUGGGGCAGUUGCCAUGUCUGUUUAGAGGGAAGUAGGCUAUGUAUGUGCACCGACCACAUCAUUAAGGACUCAAAGAUUGUCGAAAAUGGCACAGCCACAGACAUUGAGCACCAUGCGGAGGCCAAUGGCUCUUUUGCUCAUGCUGUCCUUAAUAUGAUUGGGAUGCUCAUAGGUUUGGGGCAGUUGUCGAUAGCAUAUGCAGUGGAAAGUGGAGGUUGGGCAUCUGUGUUUCUGCUGAUAGGACUUGGGAUAAUAUGCGCAUACAGUUCUCAUCUACUAGGAAAAUGCCUGGACAAGAAUCCCAAGUCAAGAAGUUACUCGGAUAUUGGACAGCAUGCAUUUGGAACAAAGGGAAGAGUGUUGGCUACAACCUUCGUCUACAUGGAAAUUUUCAUGGCACUCGUGUCCUACACUAUCUCAUUACACGACAACCUAAUCACAGUACUUCCAGGGAUACAGAUUAAGGUGCCAUGGCCUAAAAUAUCUACAUCUCAGCUCCUGACCAUAAUGGCAGUCUUAGUAGCACUGCCUAGUCUUUGGUUGAGAAAUCUGUCUUCCAUAUCUUUCCUCUCAUCCGGCGGUAUUGUCAUGUCGAUGCUCAUUUUUGUAUUAGUGGCUUGCACUCCCAUUUUUGGAGGUGUAAAAUCCUAUCACAGGAUACCAGCCCUCCACCUCCAUAACAUUCCUUCGAUAUCUGGGCUGUAUAUGUUCAGCUAUGCAGGGCAUAUCGUCUUCCCCGAUUUGUAUAAGGCCAUGAAAGAUCCAUCCAAGUUUACCAAGGUAUCUAUCGUAAGCUUCACAUUAGUGACUGCACUUUAUACGGCACUAGGAUUCAUGGGUGCCAUAUUUUUUGGUGCUGAAGUGAAUCCUCAAAUCACUCUCAGCAUGCCUAAACACCUUGUUGUGUCAAAGAUUGCAUUGUGGGCAACUGUGAUUACACCCAUGACAAAAUAUGCGCUGGAAUUUGCACCAUUUGCCAUUCAGCUCGAGCAUAAAGUACUUCCGGAUUCAAUGAGUUCAAAAGCAAAGAUGAUAGUAAGGGGCGGCGUAGGCUCAUGUCUACUUCUAAUAAUACUAGCCCUGGCUCUUUCAGUGCCAUAUUUUGAGUACGUUCUCAGCCUCACUGGCUCUCUUGUUAGCGUGGGUAUCUGCAUAACUUUUCCCUGUGCAUUCUACACCAAGAUUUGUUGGGGUGAAAUUUCAAAACCUGUCAUCAUCAUCAACUUGUGCCUCAUUGCAUUUGGCUCUCUUAUUGGGGUAUUUGGUACCAUUUCCUCAUCCAAGUCACUUGUACAAAGCAUACGAAGAGCUCACUCGGCCUAAGAAGGACAGAAAUUUCCUAGACGAGUUUUAAUGUCAUCACCUACCUUAUUACCUAUACACGUACGGGUCUUGCGGGUGACUUCUUGUUGAAUCCAAGCUAGAGGAAUCAUUUCUGUUUUAUGUACCAUUUUCAACUGAAGUUUUCAGCUGGGAUGAUGGCUAGCUUCUCAUUGAAUCCAAGGAGUUUAAUUCUGCUAUUA